CGUCAUUGAGGUGCAUUUGUGCGAUAGAUUAUUAAAUUAACCAUGCUAUGCAGCCACAUGAAAAUCUUACAGAUAUAGCAAAACUAUCAAUAUUCAAUCAAUAGAGGUUUAAAUAUAUUCAGACGAGCUUCGUCUGUCAUUGGAAGGAGCAGCCGGGACAUUGGAAUUCAGUUGAAGAGUGACUGCCGCUGAACCUUGAUGGGCGAAUCAGGGUCGCGCCGCUCCACGCUCGUCUCCAGGCUGCCCAUCUUCAGGCGGAGUGUAAGUAAGAGGCAGGACUCGUUGCCCUCCUCCCCAUCCUCGGCCGGCGUGGGCAAUGGCGUUCACACCUCGUCCCCCUCCAGCACUAACUCCAGCAACAGCAGCACGGGCAAGCGCCGCAGCCUGUUCCGCACGCCCUCCAUCAGCUUCAGCAGCAAGAGGAACAGUGAGCCGCCACGCAUCCAGACCCCUCCUCUGGACCCAGCCCGAGACACCAACAGCAGCCAGAACAACCCUCCGCUGGGCUUCCAAGAUGGCGCUGUGCUUCCACGGGCCAAGACGCGCCACUCCUUUGGCUUUGGGGGCCACCGGCAGAAAAAGAUCACCCGCUCGCAGACUGAAGACUUUCAGAAGGUGACCUCCACGGUCAAUAGGAACGUGUUCAUCAACUGCAUCAGCUCAGGUACCAACGAGGGCGAUGACUCGGGGUAUCUGGAUGACUUCAGCAGCGACAGCAAGCGCUCGUACAGGCAGAAGAAACAGCUGCUGCCCAAGUCCUUCUCUGCCCACCACCGCUUCUCCAAGAACUCUGAGCAGUGCAAGCCCCCAGUGGUGAGUGUAGUGCCCCCGACGUCAGAGGGUACCCCGGGCUCGUGGCCAGGCGAGCUGCUGGGGGAGAGCUCCCUGCAGUCGCCCAUGUUGUCUGAGGACCGCACCACGGCCCUCACCCCCUCUGAGUUUAAUGUCCCCAUCACAGAGGACUCUGUGUCCGAGGUGGAUGUGCUGCUUGCCCCCAGCCUCGCUGCCACGCCAGACAACUUCAGCCACGUCGUCUCUACCUCCCAGGUGUUCUUCAUGCCUGCCCAAGCUGCUACAGACAAGCCCCUUCUGCCAGACACCAGCACCGCAAACACCACAGAGUGUGAGACUGCAGUACCUGUCACAGAACCAGCAACAGCUGCAACACCACCAAUGCCACCGGAACAACAAACACAAUCGCAGGAAGAGAAGGAAGAAGGGGAAGAGGAGAAGGAGGAUGUUAUGAUGGUGGAGGAGGUCAGACCAGCGCAGACAGAGACUAGUGAGAGCGAGGCAGGCCCAGUGCGUAGUAAAGGCUACCAUUCCAAUCCAGAGCAGUCUGAGAGGAGGUCCAGGAACACCGUGUUCAUCCAGGAACCAGGCAAGGGAGCGUGCUGCGGUAGACAUGAACCCAGAUCAUGCCACCUGAGGAAACCCCACACAGGUUACUUUGUAUUGGUGAUAACACUGUCCAUGUGCAGCAGCGCCAGCCCCUACCACGAGGUGAUGCGCAUGGAGCGCCGGCUACGUUCCUCCUCUGAGGGUGCCGGGGGGCCACGGGGGCUGCACCUCAACCUCAAAGAUCCCCAUUGCACUGCCGAGGGGAGCGUGCUGCUGAAACAGAGGACCAACUCGUCGUCCUCCAAGCUUGGCAGCCUCGAUGUACUGAACAAUCUGGGCUCGUCUGAGCUGGAUGAGGAUGACCUGAUGUUGGACCUGGACCUCUCUGAUGACCAACGCCAGCGUCACGUAUUCCGAGAGGACUCCAGCCAGUCCCUAGCCUCCUGCCUGAACCUGAUGCACUCCCCACUGGAGCCCAAUGUCGACAGGAUCCCUGGCAGGGAGCCCAGAGACACCACCACCAUCCACAGGGAGCCUUGCCGGCCGACCACCCUGCUGCCAGCUGACUGGUGCCUGGGCCGGGAGGACGAGGCCCCGGGGCUGGAGGCACUACCCCUAAGGCUGAUGCAGCAGGACUGCACUUCCGUCAAGACCCUGCUGCUGCGCCUCCGGAGGACCCUGCAGGAGAGCACUGACACAAGUCCUGCAGGCAGCCUUCAUUCUCUCCCCAUCAGCCCCUGUAGUGAGAAGACUCUGCCCCUAAAGGAGCCGGGGAGGGAAGAGGCUCUGCUGCUGCAGCUGAGGGAGAAGGAUGAGCUGAUCUUCCGACUGCAGGCUGAACUGGAGUGUGCCAAAGCUGCCCUGAUGCCCACCUGCCAAAAACCUGACCGAACUACGCAGACUGACCCUCCUGGACCAGAGUAACCAGCAUCACGUGACCGAGGAGGCACUGUGCAGGUCCUGUGCUGUCGGGGAGAACAAGAUGGGCCCAGUAAAGUAUCUUAUCGGCUGCAGAGCUGACAGCUGCGUGAGGGGUGCUGCAGUAGGUGCCGGGUAGCUUUGAUGUACAUGGAGCUUUGCCUCCCAUCAUCUUUGCGCUCCAUCAGUCCUCAUCAUUGUGCUACCGGCUCCAUGCACUCCUACUGCUCCAACUUCCAGACCUCUCUCUCUUUCUGCCUCACCUCUAAACACGUGAUGUCACCAACUGGAGGAGCCUUCCUCUUCUCGCUUCCUCUUGUAAACGUUGCUCUCCUUACAGUCCUAGGGCUCAAUUAAAUCAAGUCCGCAUUACGUUACUGUAUUCACGCAGUAGCUCUGCUCCGUCCUUUAGUGUCCAUCCUGAGAUUGGAAGGUUGGGGUUUGAUCGCCGGCAAAGUCAUACCAUAAACUCUUUAAAUGGGACCCGAAGCCUCUCUUUUUGGCAGGCAGCAUUAAGGAAAUGGACUAGGGUUAAGGCCCUGCGAUAGACAAGCAUCGUUGUACAUCAACCUGCAAAGAAAAUAAAUAGACUUGGUUUUGGGUACUGUAAAACUCUACUGCUACCAUGUAGUCUCCUGUAGAAGUGACACUACAAACAUUGCUGAAGACAUGGUGGACCAGUGACGGAGAGUGAGGUGACAUAGGGCAGGCUGCAAGCCGCCUCUGUCAGGACCAAUGAUCGUCUGUUUCUCCCCUGGCUGUCACACCUUAUUCUACUCUGUCUACACUUGUGUCUGGGAACGCUUAGUUGCGUAAUCACUACAGAGAUCAAGGACACUGAUUGUACCGCAGCUGGCUCAAGCCUCUGCACCGUGUGUUCUCUCUUCAUUUGUUGUACAAUACCGAGAGACAGGCACGACAAAAGUCAGAACUCUCGACAGUCCUUUAAUACAAUGUUUUCAGUUUGUUUUACUAGUUCAUUGUGUCAAAUGUGACUCAUUCUUUUGAGCUUCUCACUGUCUUUUCUGCUCUUUGUCGCAGAGUGUCCCAUGUGGUGUGUCCCAAUGCACAAGCCUUAAGAUAUCUGGUUUUAGGGAACACAUGAAUGACUGCUGGGCCCAGCUGGUCUGUGGCAUCAGUGUUUUCCACUUCAUAAAUUGCCUACACUUGUUUUAAUUUAAAGAAUAUGGAACAUUAACAAAUAUUUCUGCAGAGUUGAAUAUGCUAGAACUUAUUCUUCCUCUGCCAACAAAAUUAGUAACAAACAUAAAAUCAGACAACCCCAUAGUAGAAUAGUUUACGUAUUUACCUAGUCAGCUUGUUGUGCAAGAUAAAUAUUCCUCUCGAGGCACAGUCAAGUUACGAGUGCCAAUAGGGGAGAAAUGGUCAUUCUGACAAGUAGUCAAUGCACACUAAUUCUUAAUGCAAUCGUGGGGGAAACACUUUUGACAGCAGAUUUGAUGGCAUUUGUUAAGAGGGGGAUUCCAGCUUUCCAGUGCUACCGUGUUUAUUUCAAGCGUGGUUUGGGCGCAGCAGAGCUCUUAAAGGGGCAAUGUUGUUUUUAAAGUGCAAUAACCUUUUCUCGAUCAAAUAAUUCCUAAUUAUCAUUUUUUAAUAAUUAUUAAUACAUAAUUAAACAGAUUGAAGGUUCUAAACUCUAAUGAUACUUAUAUGGUUUUAUUACAGAUACUUAUAUAGGCCUACUGAUUUGAUUGGAGUGUCGACAAUGGAGUAAUCAACUGCUGAUUACUGUGUGGCAAAGCCCAUGUUUAACACCUGCUUCAUUCUUCAUGACUAAAAAAAGGAAGCUGGUGGAAGUUAGGCUCUUGCAGGAUUCUUCAAAAAGAAAUCUGUAGGUCAGUUGCUAAACAAGUAUUUUAUAAAUAAAUGACACUGCAAUUUAUACUUGUUGAAAUUUCCUUCAGUAAUUUAAUUGUCAACAAUAAUGUUUUCAAGUACAUUGAUCAAAAAUAUGAACGCAUCACGUAAAGUGUUGGUUUCAUGAGCUGAAUUAAAAGAUCCUAAAAAUGUUCAAUAUGCUCAAAAAACAUAUUUAUCAAAAAUGUUGUACACACUUUUGUUUACAUACCUGUUAGUGAGCAUUUCUCCUUUGCCCAGAUAACCCAUCUACCUGACAGGUGUGGCAUAUCAAGAAGCUGAUUAAACUGCAUGAUCAUUACACGGGUGUACUUUGU